AUGUCUUCGCAAACUCUUGUAGGACACAGCGACUGCAUCAACUCUGUGGUCUUUUCACAUGACUUAAACUUGCUAGCGUCUGCAUCGUGUGAUGAAACUGUUAAGUUAUGGAAAGCAUCUAGCGGCGAGUGUCGACACACCUUUUUCGGUCACCAAGACUGUGUCAAUGAUGUUCUCUUUUUACCUGGCUCGAAAAAGCUGGUGUCUGCAUCAUGCGACAACACAAUAAAGAUCUGGGAUAUGCAGAGUUUAGAGUGCGUGCAAACUUUGGAUAGCCACAAGGACUGCGUUACCUCUGUGGCGUUUUCACCUAACUUGGAUCAACUGGCAUCAGCAUCUUGCGACAGAACAGUCAGACUUUGGGACAUGAAGAGCGGCCAGUGCGUACGCAUCUUGCAUGGCCACAACGACGAUGUCACCUCUGUCUCUUUCUUAACGGGCUUAAAUCAACUAGUGUCUACAUCCUGCGAUGGUAUGAUGAAGAUUUGGGAUUUGGGAUUUGGAGAGCACAGAAUGCAUACAAUCCUUGAAGGGCAAACAGGAUUAGCUAAUUCCGCGGCAUAG